GCCCCGAGCCCCCCGCCGCUCCCGGAGCCCGCCGCCGAGCCUGCGGGAGGCCAUGGAGCGGCGCGGCCCCGUCCACGCGCUGCCCGAGGAGAUCCGCAAGAUGUCCCGGGAGCAGACAGUGUGCAAAUACUGCGGGGUCAGCUACCUGACACUCCAUGAGUUUAAGGUGAUGGAAGACAAAGUCAAAGCAAUGGAGAAGGAGAUUAAAGUUUAUAAGGGAAGUCUAGAACGGGAGCAGAGGCUUCAGGCAGAAUUGCAGGCUCUUCACCACGACCUUGAGCGCUGCCGGGCUGAGAGCGAAUCCAAAACUGAAAGGAUAAAAACCCUGACAGUGGAACUUAAAACCAAGCAGGAGGAGAUGAAAUCUGUGAAAGCUGAUUUGCAGUAUUUCCAGGAGGAGAAGGAAGCUGCCUACAAGCAGUCACAGGUGCUCAGAACUACCCUGGAACACCAUUGCUCCACCCUGAACAAGGCUGUCUCACUGUUCCCCUUCAUUAGAAGUGAACUAGACAGUAUUAAAGAGGUCAUCUCCACCAACAUGGAGAACUUUGCUGCCAUGAAGGAAGAAAUUUUUCGGCAAAUAAAAGCCAUGAGCAAAGAAGCUCUGACAGAAAUACCCAAAUUGAACCAAAGAUUGGCAAAAUCCCAGCGGGAGAACGAGUGUCUCCAGGAGAAGGUCAAACACCUCACUGAGGUGGCUGACACAGUUGAGCUGAAAACUCAGCAGCUCCAAACUUCCCUUCAGCAGGGGAACGAGCUCCAGAGUCGGUGCCGGGAGCUGCAGAAGGAAACUCUGGAUUUAACAAAUCAGGUGGAGACAGCUGGCCUGCAGCUGCAGAAGGUGACAGCAGAGAUGGACCACUACAAGAAGCUGUUGCUGGUGAAGUCAACAGAACUCGAUGUCUGUCAAAAAGAACUGAAAAAGAUCAAAUAUGAGAAUGGAAUUGCUGAGUCCAGACUUACAAAAGAGCUGAAGGAAAAGGAGGAAUCCCUUCUCGUUUGCCAGCAAGUCUGCAAACAUUUACAGGAGGAAGUGGCUGAGAAAGAAAGGAGAGAAGAAGAUCUGAAAAGAAGAACUGGGAGAUCAGAGAGUGAGCUGGAAACCCUUAAAGCUCUCCUGAGCCAAACAGAGCAGGAGGUGCUGAUGCUGAAACAGGAAAGGGAGCUGCUGAAGAGCAGGACGGAGCAGCUGCAGGAGGCACUGAGGCAGAAGGUGCAGAGUGAGGACUCCUGGAGGGACAAGCUGGAAAUGGACCUGGCCAAAGGGGAGGCUCGGCACAAAGAAGCAAUUCUGAAAGUCAGGGAAGAGGCCAGAGUGGAGCUGGAGCUGGAGAGAAAAAACCAGCAGGAGCUGAUCACAAAAUACCAGAGGGAACACGAGGAGCUCCAGCAGAAGAUCCCAGGUUUAAUAUCCAGUGCCACCAAGAGCUUGAGGAUGGAGAUGGAAAUUCUGGAGAAGAAGCUCCAAGAUGCCCAAAUGAAAGUGGCAGAGAAGGAUGGAGACAAGGAAAAAGAAAUCCAGAGCCUUAAAAGGCUCAUCAGUGAGCUUGAGUUCCAGCUGACCAUGGAAAAGAGCAACAAUGAAUCAUUCCUGGAUAAACUGAGGAAAGAAAUUAAGCACAAGUCAGAUGAACUGGAAAAAUUAACCCAGGAGAAGACACAGCUGAUUCACAGUUUGAGUCAAGUUCAAGAGGAGAAUUCCCUGCUGCAGGACACGGUGCGCCGGGAGUGCGAGGAGCGCUUCGAGCUGACGGCGGCGCUGGGCCGGGCCCGGGAGCAGGUGCUGGAGCUGCGGAGGCUCAGCGGGACCCUCCCGGCCUCGCCGCGCUCGCUCCCCGCCGGGGAUCUCCGCCUCUCCGGAGCCCUGGGCACGGCCAGGGCUGCCCGCGGCCCCGGCUCGGGCCGGCACGGCGCCGGCAGCGCCGGAUCCCUGGAUCUUCCCAAGGCAAGGGCGGCCGCGCUGAGCGAGCCCCGGGGCCGGGUCCCCGCCGGGAUGAGGCACCGGCCGAGCCAGCUCUGACAGCUCCGCCUGGGAAACCAUUCCGGCCUCCGAAGGAACACCUCCCGAACUCAUCCAUCCCUACAAGUUAAAAUCCAGUUAAGUUUUUGUUUAUAUUUGGUGCAAUAACUUUUAUCUGUCCAUUAAUUUAUUCAUGGUGUAAUUAAAUUAACUGCCGGGCGCAUUUCAAGAUGAGAAAAGGAAAAAGAGCGUCUCCAAGAGGAGCACAAAGAGCAGCACAUCUUCAAUGAGUGGGAUUGAAAUCAGAAAACCCCUGGAUCCCAGAAGGUUUGGGUUGGAAGGGACCUUAAAGUUCAUCCCAUUCCAAUGCUCUGGCCCUGGGUAGGGAGUAAUGGCCCAGCAUCACAGGAUCCAGGAUGGAUGGGGCUGGGAGCAGCCUGGGACAGGAACUGGAGGAGCUUUGAGGUCCCUUCCAACCCAAACCAGUCUGUGAUUCCUUGAUUCCAUCAUCUCAAACCUGGGCUCUUCUCCCCCUCUUUGUGUCCUGGAGCAGCAGCUGCAGUAAAGGGGGAGCGUGGCCAGGGAGGAGCAGCACGUAAAAUAACGGAGCAGGAAUGGGAUCACGGCUCUGGCACGAGGGAGUGGCCAGGUCCUGGAGGCAAACCAAGUCCAGAACAAAUAUUUCCCUUCUCCCCCUUCCUCCCAGAACCCAGAACUCCUGCUGCUAAGCAAUAAACAAAAUAUGGAAAUGUCAGGGACCCUUUUUUACUGGCUUUGAAAACAAUUUAAUGAAUCUCACCGUGUCAAGGAAAGUUUACCAAGUGUUUUCCAUGGUGGGAUGACAGGCAGAGCACAAAGUGCCACGGAGGACGUGGACACCUCAUUACAGCCCUGAAACUUUAGGAAAUCAAACUUCCUGCAGGAAGUUCUUGUAAGAGUGGUGUCAGGAACCUUGCCCUCCAGGACUCGUGGCACGUGGCAAAGCCAAAGCUCCAGGGACAAACGUGUCCCUGUGGAUCCUGCCCUGCUGGCCGUGGGCAGCACUCCAGCCCUUCCCUUGGAGAAAACAUCCCAUGGCAAGGGGCUGUCCUGUCCUUCCCUGCUGGAAAGGCUUCAGUUUGCCCCUGGCAGAGCUGGGGGUGGUGCCUGCUCUGGAGGGAGCUCCUACAGCCCUGACCCUUUGCAGAAGGGAUCCCCUGUGCCAGGGAGGGACAUGGGGCUCGGUGGGCUGGGGCUGUGUGAGCCCCAGGCACAUCCCUGGUGUGGCCAAACCCCUCCUGACUGACCCUGCCAGCAGCGUGGGGCCAGGGGGAUCCAUCCCGCUCCCAGGGCACAAAGGGACAGCACAAGAGGAGCUCUGGAAUCUCAGCCAGUGCCUCAGUGUGGCUCAUCCUUUUCCCACCUGAAGUCACCCAAAAUGUAAUGUUCUCCACAGAUGAUAUGAUGGAGAGUCCAGCCCCUGUCUGGUCCUGCUGCUCCUUCAGCAGAAAUUGGGAUCAGCACUGGCCAUGCACAGCUUGCCAUGGAUAUCACUUCAUUCCCACUGGGAUAUCACAAACCAAAGCUGGGAUGAUCACUAGACCUUGCUCUGAGGUGUGUGUAGGAUCUGAGAUCCCGACUGUGCCUUGCAGAUGGAGUUUUUCUACAAAAGAAAAAAUUGGACUGCAGGAAAAAGCAUCUUAGUUCCUAAGCAGUGUUAAAAGUGCAUGGAAAUAGAAACUGAUGCCACAGAUCAUUAAAACGUAUUAAUCAGAACAAAAGCAUGACUGUCUUUCUUUGUACUGUGCAUUUUCAAUACCAAAAUAAGAGUAGGAUAAUGAAACUGGGGAAAUUUCCUUUUGCAGACAACCCCCCACAGCUGCAUUUUUAGUUAGUUAAAACAGGCCCUUAUUUCCAUCAUGAAAAUUCCAUGUUGAAUUUUGUCCUUGGUGGUUACAGGUGGUUGAGAGUGCCCUGCUGAAGGAAGAACAAACCCCGAACAGCUGUGAUGGUGUGAAACACUAAUCCAGGGUUUCAUCCUCACAGCACAGCAUUCAUUGGGGUGGGAUGAUAAAAGGGCACUGCCUGAAAUUAAUGCUGGGGGGGAUUUUCACCAGGAAUGUGAUUUGUGUGGGGCAUCUGGCGUUGCCCUGGGAGCUGCUCCCAGGUCAUGGCCAGCUCCCAUGGAUUGUUCUCCUUGGCCCUCCAGGCUCUGGAGUGAUCCCACCCUGCUCCACCCGGAGUGGGGACAGGGCUCAGUGCCCCGUGGGACUCUGCUCCUGCCCAGGGAGCCAAGGGAUGGGCACAGGUGCCACCAGACCUCUCAGGAGGAUGGAGACCCUUCCACGGAGGGGGUUGGCCCAGGGUGUUUCUGAGGCCCCUUUUCCAGGGCCCACCCUCCCCUCUGUUCCCUGCCGUGGGAUGUGGCUGAGACCAGCAGGGCUCAGGCACUGGUGCCAGGCAUGGAAUGAACUCAGGGUGGGAAAUGUCAGGGAAAGGGGGAAUAAGCCAGGGGGUCCAGAUGGGAGGAAAGAGCUGACAUCUGGAAAGGAAAGUCUCAGUGUGAGAGAGAGGAAAAUGCCCUCCCCUGGAGCUGUGCAGCCAGGGAGGAUCCCUGGGCAGUGGUGCAGCCCCUGUGCUUGAGUCAUUCCAAGUGGGUGGGAAAAAUCCAUGGAAAAUGUCCUGGCAGGAGCAGCCCUGCGCUGCAGGAGCGGCUGAACCGAGUGCCCCAAAGGGGAUUUUCCAUCUCCUGAUUAAUGGGAUGUGGAAAGUGGUUUGGUUUGGCCUGGCACCACUCCAGGGAGCAAUGCCCAGCUGGCAGGACGUGCCUGGAGCUCUGGGAAAGAGUCCUGGAAGAAAUCUGGUGGGCAGAGAGGAAAGGAGCCUGGAGAGCCACGGAAUGCAGCAGGUUCUUCUUCCUGCUGGAGGGUCACACUCUGUCCUUCACCAUCACCAUCAUCAUUGUCACUGACUGCAUUGUGUUGGAAGGACCUUAAAUCCCAUCCAGCCCCACCCCAGCCAUGGCAGGGACACCUCCCACUGUCCAGGCUGGCCUUGGGCAGUGCCAGGAUCCAGGGGCAGCCA